AUGAACGACCUCUCUGGACUAAAAAACCUGGAGCUGUUAAUGCUGCACAGUAAUGUUAUCAAGACUGCUGAGGACGGCUCGUUCCAUGACCUCACAUCUCUGCAGGUUCUGAAAAUGAGUUAUAACAGAAUUGAGAAGCUCAACAAGGACACAUUUAGAGGCCUGGACAAUCUUGUACGUCUUCAUAUGGACCAUAAUCACAUUACCUUCAUCCACCCAGAGAGUUUUUAUGGAUUAAAAAUGCUGCAGUUGAUUAAUCUUGAGGGAAACCUGCUCCAACAGCUUCAUCCAGACACUUUUAUAUCACUGCGGUUCAGCCAGAUUUUGAAAUGGUCAUCUCUCAAGACUAUUUACUUGUCAGACAAUGCUUUAACCACAUUGCCUGCAACUAUAUUCUCUGGCUGCAACAAGAUAGAGAAUCUCUUCCUCAGUGGAAACCCCUGGUCAUGUGAUUGUCGGAUGGGUUGGCUUGAACAGUGGCUAGAAAAACACCCUGGUGUUCUAAAAUGCAAAAGAGACAGGAAGUUUCUCAAAGAACAGUGUCCCAUUUGUGAAUUCCCAAUUACCUUGAGAGGCAGCAGCAUUGCGCAUUUGCAAAGGGAUAGCUACACAUGCAGCAGACCUUGGAUUCAUCCUCACUUGAAACAGAGCAAUUUUACCUUGGAUGAUGGUGGCUAUACCUCAGUCUAUCCUAAAGAUUUUGUUGAACCCAUUGGCAUGUUGGAAAUGAACAUCACAGAUCAAUUCCACAACGAUGCCUGGAUAGCAUGUGUUGUGCAGCGACCUACAGGAAUGGAAAACUUAACUGCAAACUUUGGACCGAAUGGAAAAGAUUUAACUGGCCUUAGUGCGAUCAUUUCUACAUUGCUGGUCUGCAACAUUGAUUAUGAUAAUAUACGCCAGAUUUGGAAUAUUUUGGCUAUGUAUAGCGAGUCCCCGAUGAGACUUGAGCGAGAAGUACUACUUUCUCUGCAGCCAGAUACAGUUUACACAUACAAGCAAGUAGCAUCAACGGAAGAUGAUAUUUUUACAGAAAUUAAAGCAAAAAUGAAAGCCAAUCAUGAAUGGUUAAUGCAAAGUACAGUCCUACUACAGCUGGACCGCAUCACAACAACAUUUCCGAACCUUACUAUCAAGUAUUUAUCCAAUGUUCAAAUAGAUGUUGACAGCAGCAAGAAUAGAGGAGACCAGUACGGCUGGGCAAUGAUUAGAAUGGACAAUCAGACCAAGACUGAACACUCAGUCCUUGUUGGUGGAGUGAUUGAAUUGAACUGCCAGACCUUUGGGGAUCCUAAACCCAUUAUAGAGUGGAUUCUACCAGAUGGAAGUAAGUUACGUGCACCAUACAACAGCGAGGAUCAAAGGAUUGUAGUAGCUUAUGAUGGAAGGCUUGCUUUAAAAUCUGUUGAAAUCUCAGACACAGGUGUCUAUCAUUGCAUUACAACUAACUACCUGGAUGCAGAUGUUCUUGCAUUCAGGGUCACUGUGCUUCCCCGGAAUAUUGAAGAACAAGAGAUUAAUGGGAUCCGAAUCUCUCAUACCCUUGGCCAGAACCUGCGUCUUGAUUGUACAUCAGCUAGCAAUCCAGAGGCUUCCAUUCACUGGAUACUUCCUGACCACACGAUUUUAGACAAGUCCUAUGGCAACAGAAAGCUCUACAGAAAUGGCACUUUGGUAAUACAUGGACUGACAUCCAGAGACAACGGAUUUUACAGAUGCUUAGUUGGAAAUGUUCUUGGAGCAGAUUUGCUAGCUUCUCACGUAACUGUUCAUGGUGAUUUGUCAAAUAGCACAGAGUCAAAGGAAUCUGGUGAUCAUGUUGUACAAAUUAUAGAUGAUAGCCAGAAACUUGGAAGCAGGUAUCUCUCUCGCAGGGUGAGUGAGGAGUCAAGAAGCAUUACCUCAGGCAGACCAUACACUUGGCUACAGUCCAGAUUUCAUAAAGUUCCCACUGGCAGAAAAGGAAAUAGAAGGAACUCUGGAAGAGUCUUUAAUAAAAAGUACCAGAAAGAAGAUGCCACUUUCAUUGAUAUGUCUCAAAUUAAAAAAGCACAUAAAAAGACAAUAAGUUUAGAGGUGUCUAAAACACCCUCUGAUGACAAUGAUGCAACCUCAGGGGAUGGUAUAUCUGAAGAUGAAUUUAUUGUAAUGACAACUAGUCAAACACUUGAGCAUAGCACCAUUAAAAUCACAGAUAUUAAAAUCCCAGAGACUUACAAAACUGGCAACAGUGGUUUCAGUGAAGUAAAGCAUGAUAGCACUAGUAACAUGUUAAGAGCAAAUGAGAAAACUAAUUUGGUUACAACAACAUCACAUUCUCAUACUCAGACACCUGCUACCCCAAUAAUUGCCACUUAUGCUUUGAGUAAUUAUGGUACUCAAAGAGAUGAGACAAUCCUGAAUACAACCAAGUCAGAUUACAUAUUAAGUCACAGUGAUGGUAAAACCCACAUAUAUGAGAAAACAACAAACAGACCUUCAGAAACUGCAGAGCUUCUCUUCUCUGGGGAUUCAGAAGAUGUUACCACUGGAACAACACCACUUUACAACUCCCAGGGCCCAAAUGUCACCUAUGUGGAACCUAAGAGUCAGGCCAUAUUCACAGCGUUCACCACAACCAAGGAAGACCAAGAAAAGAUCACAUUUCAGACCACUCAAAGAAUCAAGUCAGAGCUCCUUCCUGGGUCCACCAUCAUCUCCAAACACCAAAUCCAAAUUGUUCCCUCCAAAAAGAUGCGAUCAGGAAAGAAAGGUAACUUUCAUGGCAGACGUAGGAUCAUUCGGCCCAGCAAAAUUACAGAUAUACAAUCCUUACUCAAUAAAUUCAAACACCUUUCUAUAAACAAGGAAGACAAUCUCACAUUUUCACACACUGUGGACACAAUCACAGUAUGUGGCGAUGGGAAAAGAGUUGCAUCUGGAGUGUCUACAGAUAAAUGCAAAACAUCAGUGGAUCAAAGCCUGGUCAACCAUACAGCUAGGUUUCACAUGUCAUCUUCCUCUUUGAGAGUAACAGAAAAACCUGGCAUGGCAACUCGUUUGUCAGGCUCUGAAAAGAUUUACGCUGUCACUGAUUCACAAAUGUCAGCAACUAUUGUGCCCACCAUUUCUGAGGAUUCAACUGAUUCUAAAAGUUAUUUUAAUUCAAUAGAGAAAGAACUAACUUUUACAACCACAUCCACAAUGACAAUGUCUUCUAAAAUUACACAGGAGAAGAUUCAGUGGCAUAGACAGUUUGGAAACAAGGGGGAAAUGAAAGAAACCCUUAGCAAGCAUCAAGCAUCAAACUCAUUUACACUGUCCACUGAUAAGGAACAGAGGACCUCAGCAUCAACAGAAGACCCUUACAAGGCAACAACAACAGUACCUACUACAGAACUGAAGCGUACACUUAUGAUUGUCUCUUCUCCAAUGACAAGAGAAAAUGACAAUAUUCCAGAGACAUUAUUUGAAGACUCAGGUUCGUCCUCCUUUAUAAAAACAAAUUUCUCAGACAAUGUCAUAACCCCAUCUACAACAGCUGAGUUUUUCAGCUUUCCAGCCUUCCGUGAGCUGUCCACAACCACAGAGCCAAUGGGAGUUUCUCAAACUCUAGCAGCCCCACCAACGAUGGGAACUAAACUAAAGCAAGACACUGUUCAGAAUAAGUUCUCAGGUUCUCAAACUGGGUUGUGGAGAAAUCAAAAGCCUGGUUAUCACAGACGAGGCUCCAGAAGGAGAAGGCCCAUUAAAAAAACAACCACAGAAUCCUCAGUUAUCCCAGUGACUAAAAUUGCUGCCACACCUGCCACCACCAAAUCCACAACUACAGCUUCACAAACUAAGCACAGUGGUGCAAUAUUAAGGCCUUUGCAUACACCCCUUGAAGAACCAGAGAGGUCUUCAUCACCUGAUAGUACUGGUUCAGGUGAGGAAUGGAGGGACUCUAAUAUGUCUUCUACCACCAGUUUCCCAGAGGUCAUUACUUUGACCACUAAACCCACUACAGCCUCUGAUAAACCUCAGAGUAGAACAGUUACCUCAGACGCAAUGACUAGUUCAACUUCAUAUACGUUCACUCCAUUUCCAUACGGUAGUAGUACUGUCGAUCUGAAUACAUUCGAUCACUCUACAAGGUAUGACACCUCAUCUUUGAGGGAUAUUACCUUCAAGCCAAGGAUUAAUGGUGGAAAAGCUGCCAGUUUUACUGUUCUGUCAAACUCUGAUGCUUUCCUCCCCUGCGAGGCCACUGGCAACCCUGAGCCCAUCAUCAGCUGGAACCGAUUCUCAUCUACUACAGGUAAUAUGUUGACCAUUAAAGGUAAAAUGGGUAAAUUUGAGGUUCUGAAGAAUGGAACAUUGUUCAUCCAAAAAGCAAACAUCAAAGACCAAGGACAGUACAUAUGUUUUGCCCAGAACGAGUAUGGCUCUGACAAGCUUGUGGUUACAUUGUCAGUUGUGGCCUAUCCCACCCGGAUACUGGAGGAAAAGAUGAGAGAUAUCAAGGUUCUUGCUGGGAAAACCGUGCACUUGGAAUGCAGGACAGAGGGCAGACCAGUGCCAAUUGUGUCAUGGAUUCUACCUAAUCACACCGAAGUUAAAGGUUCGAUCACUGAGCAUGGCAGAGUAACAGUAACCACGAUGGGGACACUAACCAUUCAAAAGGUCUCCGUUUUAGAUCGUGGACAUUAUAAGUGUAUUGCAAGUAAUCCAGCUGGUACUGACACAGCCACUGUUCGUCUACAGGUGGUAGCAGCACCACCUGCAAUACUGGAAGAAAAACGGCAGCUGGUGAGGGCUGAAAUUGGUCAGAAUCUCUUUUUGGCAUGUAGCACUUAUGGUGACCCACGACCCACAACACACUGGGUCUUACAUGAUGGCACAACAGUACAACCUCUAACUUACUCACACACUAAAGUUUCUGUUUUUGGAAAUGGUACACUUUACUUGAGAAAUGUACAAAUAACUGAAAGUGGAAAAUAUGAGUGUAUUGCAACAAGCUCUACGGGAUCAGAACGGCGUGUUGUUACUCUGUCUGUGAAGAGGACAGAAACUGCCCCUCAGAUCACUGAGACAUCACAACAAAGAACUGAUGUGAUAUAUGGUGGCCGCCUUCAUUUGAACUGCUCUGCAGUUGGGGACCCAAAACCUCAGAUUAUUUGGAGGUUUCCUUCCAAGGCUCUUGUGGACCAGUCACACAGAAUGGGCAGCCAUGUCAAAGUCUUGGAAAAUGGUACCCUCAUCAUUGAAUCAGUCAAUGAAAAAGAUGCUGGGGACUUCCUCUGUGUUGCACGCAACAAAGUUGGGGAUGAUGUACAGCUAUUAAGAGUGUCAGUGUCUAUGAAACCAGCUCGGAUUGAACCAAAUGUCUUUAGCAGGAAGCAAGUGCCUUAUGGCAAUGACCUAAAAGUGGACUGUGUGGCUGCUGGUGUCCCCAUGCCAGAGAUAUCUUGGGGACUUCCUGAUGGUACCUUGGUUAAUAGCGCCCUGCAAGCAGAUGGAACAGAAGGCGAUCAGUUCAAACGGUACACCUUGUUUAAUAAUGGAACACUGUACCUGAAUAAAGUGGGUUCUGAUGAGGAAGGUGAUUACACCUGUUACGCUGAAAACAAACUGGGUAAGGACAAGAUGCAUGUCCACAUAAGUGUGGUAACUGCAGUGCCUCGCAUUCAGCGCCCAAAUCUCUCCUAUGCCAAAGUGAAGCAAGGUGGAAACGUUCGCUUUGACUGUAAGGCUAUAGGUGAGCCCAAGCCAAAGGUCUUUUGGAUGCUUCCGUCCAAAGACAUGAUUGCUGCAUCUAAUGAGCGUUACUUAGUGCAUGCUAACGGUUCCCUUGAUGUACGAAAUGUUAAAUUAGCUGAUGCUGGGGAGUAUGUCUGCAUGGCUCGUAAUGCUGCAGGUGAGGAGAAUAAAGUAUAUAAACUAGACAUUGAUGGAAACCCACCCAUCAUCAAUGGCUUCAAUCAAAAUAGAACUGUGAUGAAAGAUACAGCAGUCAAAUAUACUAGAAAGCUAAUAGACUGUAAAGCUGAAGGGUAUCCAGUACCAAAGAUCACAUGGAUCAUGCCUGACAAUAUAUUUCUUACCGCUCCCUAUUACGGGAGCAGGAUUAAUGUCCACAGCAAUGGUACACUAGAAAUCCGUAAUGUUAGGCCAUCAGAUUCAGCAGAAUUUAUUUGUAUGGCUCAGAAUGAUGGAGGUGAGGCGGUUAUGUUGGUUCAACUAGAAGUGACCGACAAGCUCAGGAGGCCUAUUUUUAACAACCCUUUUAAUGAGAGAGUGGUGACUCGGGUAGGGAGAACUGCAGUGUUAAACUGUUCUGCUGAUGGGCAACCCAUGCCUGAGAUCAUAUGGACACUCCCCAGUCGAACUCGGUUCAUUGGAACACCUGGGUUCGAGGGCUCAAGAUAUCACCUGGGUACCGAUGGCACAUUUGUUAUUUAUAACUCCAGCAUAGAGGACACUGGUAAAUACCGUUGUGCUGCAAAGAACAAAGUGGGCUAUAUUGAGAAGCUGGUCGUUUUUGAGGUGAUUCAAAAGCCUUAUAUUCUAACACGGCCAAAGGGGAUUAUUCGAGGGAUUUCUGGACAGUCCCUCUUCCUACAUUGCUUGACAGAUGGAAUCCAGCCCAGCAUUUCUUGGACCACGCCAGGAGGUUUUGUUCUUGCACGUCCACAGGCGAGUGGACGUUACCAUUUGAUGGACAAUGGGACACUUGUUGUACAUGAGACGAUCAUACAUGAUCGUGGGAAUUAUGUGUGCCGAGCAAAAAAUGAUGCUGGUGAGGCGAUUCUUUCUGUGCCUGUCGUAAUUGUUGCAUAUCCACCCCGGAUCACUAAUGGGCCGCCACCAACUGUGAGAGGAGUGGCUGGAGUUACUGUUUAUCUUAAUUGUGUUGCUAAUGGAAUACCUACACCAGAGAUAACCUGGGAGCUACCAGAUCGAUCUAUUCUUUCUACAACUGGAAAGGAACGACCUGUAGGCAGUGAGCUUCUCCACGCACAAGGGACUCUUAUAAUACGAAACCCCACAGGAGUGCAUUCUGGUACAUACAAGUGUAUAGCCUUCAAUUACCUGGGCAGAGAUACCAAAACAACAUAUAUGACAGUAAUAUAAGUUUGGUCAUGACUUCAUGACUUCAUGACCACUGUGACUAUUCAAAAGGCAAUUAAAAAAAACAACAACCUUGUUUCAUACAAUUAUGUUCCUUUGGUUUUCCAGGUUGUGUAAAGGUCUAGCAAAGGUUUAAUAGACAUAAUAUGGGUAAUUACUGUAUGCUGUUUGAGAGAAAAAAGAAGAACUGUGAGGAAUUAUGUAUUUGAAAUAUAUAUAAAAAAAAUGUUUUAUGUCCAUAUUGAAUUGUAAAUACAUAAUUUUAUAUAUUAUGAUAUUGGCGUACUAUAGUGCAUCAUUUCUAAUUUCUAAUUUUCACUCAGAAAGUGUUUUAGGACAUGGUUAGGCUGUUUCAUGGAGGGUGCACAUGCUGUGUGUUUCUACUAAAUCAGAGUGAAUCAAAUCAUUAUGAUUUGUCUAAUUACCAUGUUUAUUUUUGUGACAAUCUAAAAUAAUAAAAU